CAGAGAGAGAGAGAGAGAGACAGAGACACGGAGAGAGCGCAGUGAAGGCUGAAGCGCGCGGUGAUGGAGCUGUUGGAGACUCCGCCCUAUUACUACACGGACCACCGCUUCGUGGACAGCGAGAACCCGUUCCCCCCGCGGCUGCCGAGCUGCGAGCCCGGGGCGGGCCCGGGGCUGUGCGGGGGGCCGGGGCUGGGGGGUGGCCCGGACCCCCGGGGGGCACUGGCCGGGGUGGCCACCCACCCCCACCACCCCCCCCCCCCGCACCCGCACCCCCCGCACCCCCACCCCCCGGGGCAGUGCCUGCUGUGGGCGUGCGGCACCUGCAAGCGCAAGGCGGUGAGCGGGGACCGGCGGAGGGCGGCCACACUGCGGGAGAAGCGGCGGCUCAAGAAGGUGAACGAGGCUUUCGAGGCGCUGAAGCGCAGUACGUUACUGAACCCCAGUCAGAGGCUGCCCAAGGUGGAGAUCCUGCGCAGCGCCAUCCACUACAUCGCCAGACUGCAGGGACUGCUCAGCCUCAGCCUCAGCCUCAGCCCGGACACCGCCUGCAGCGGAGCGGGGCCCGGACACCGCCUGCAGCGGAGCGGGGGCAACCCGGACACCGCCUGCAGCGGAGCGGGGGUUGUUGUCCCCAGUGAGUGUGGAUCAAGCAGCGCUUCCUGCAGUCCAGAGUGGAGCAGCGCGUCUGAGCACUAUCACCCACCCUACAGCAACCCCAGAGAUCAUUUACUAAGUGGCACAAAGCUCCAGUCGGGAGGCACCAGCCUACGUUCGCUCUGCUCCAUUGUGGACACUAUUACACCAGAGGUUUCACCAAGCACCUAUUUGGAGGAAAGCAUCUCAAAUUGACCCAGUCCUCACUGGCUCUAACAUUUUUUUUCAUAAAAGGCAUCUUUUUUAUUUUUAUAUAUUUUUAAUGUGUGUUGUGCUUAAUGUUUGAUACGAGUUUGUUGACUAAAAAGGUCCGUUUUUUUAAAAGAAUUCCCCCUUCUCAUUCCCAAUUCUUAAAUUGUAUUUAAAAACGGCCAAUACUUUUUUUAUAAAGCUUUCUGACCAAUGUGUGCUUUUUAAGCCAAAGUUACUUGAUGUAAAUAUAAAUUCUGCUUUUUACUGAUCGUUUGUUUUGAGUGAGUCUGUGCUAAAUUAUUUUGCUUUUUACAAUAAAAUUAUUGUUAUAAAAUCAAUU